AUGGUGUUGAACAAACUGGUCACCAGCUGCGGCUGGGCUGGGAGUAUUUGUGGACAACCUUCAGAACGGUGCAACGUCUACAAGGUGAAACAACCCAACUGUUUUCAUGUAUGUUCCCAUGAUGCCUCAGUGUCGUGUGGUCUCAACGACGGAGCUUUGCAGGAGAUCAAGACCGGGGAUGGCUACAGCCGUUCGUCGGCGGAGGCCUUCGUGGACGCUUAUGAGGGCAGGACUCUGGAAGGUGCGUAUGAACAGAUCAAUGCCUUGAACACGCGCUUCAAAGAGGCGUGUGUGGAUAUGGAAAGCCUGAAGCAAUACGUGGAUGAGAACGUCUCCGAUCUUAAGGACUUUAUCGCCUCAGUGGCCAAGAAGCUCCCAAUGCCCGUGAAAUUUACCACCGAGGAAAAGUUCGUGGUCAAGAAGGCAAUCUUGCUGCAUUUUGAGUGCCAAGCACCAAUUCGCACCCGAUACUGCGCGCUGCAGAACGGUAAGACCUACACCACCGAGACCUUGGAGUGGAGCCGCUGGUUGAAGAUGGGUUUGAGCGCCGCGAAGCUGGGCAAGUCGGUGCUCACCGCCGAUGCGAUUGCAGACCUGCCUGGAGUGGUGGACCAGGUGAAGGGCCUCUACAACAUGUACACGAAGGAAGAUGGUGAAGAUUUCUUGAGCUUCAUCUCCGAGCCAUUUUUGACCUCGGAAGAGCAAGACAAGCUGUUGAACCAGCUUCGUGCUGCAAACUUCUUUCAGAAGUUUCAGUACGACAACCAAACAGCUAACUGGAUCUGUGCCAACUGCCAUGCCAUCUACUUGAAGGCGGGCUCCAACCGCAGUGAGGCAGGCAUUGAGGCCGCAUCCUCUCACCCAGAGGCGGGAGAAAUCCGUCAAUCGUCCGCGCGGUUUUGA